AUGGAGAUCCUGCCAAAGAACCCUGCGUCAUCCGACGAAGGGGAGAUCAAUACCAGGACCAAGAUGACCGCGCAAGGCAUCAUCCUCGUGCCUCAACCAAGUGACGAUCCGGAAGAUCCCUUGAAUUGGAGCACAUUCACCAAGCACGCGGCUCUCGUGGUUCUCGCGUUUGAGUCAUUCCUGGUCAAGUUUUCAGCCACUCUCAUUGCUCCCGAUGCUCUUGAGCUAUCCAGGGAGUUUGGAGUAAGCAAAACCACUGCGACCUACAUCGGCUCUGUACCCUCCAUAUUGAACGCAAUAACGUCCUUCUUCUGGAUUCCGCUAAGUCAUCGGAUUGGUCGACGGCCUGUACUUCUCAUUGGGAAUUUGAUAGCAUUGCUCAGUGCAAUUGGAGUGGCUCGGUCUCAAACGUACGCCGAAGCUCUAGCUUGUCGAAUGGUCAUGAACCUGGGCGGCAGCGUCGGUUUGUCCAUUGGACCCGCUGCCAUCUCCGACAUGUUUUUUCUACACGAGAAGGGUUCACGAAUGGGUAUAAACAGCAUCCUGCUUGUCAUUAGUCCGUAUGUAGGUGGAGUGGCCGGUGGCUCCAUCGCAUACAAUAAGAGCCUCGGGUGGCGGUGGUCGAUGUACAUCGCAGCCAUCCUCUACGCCACACAGUUCAUCGCCCAAAUUUUUCUCGUCCCCGAAACUAUCUACAAACGAGAUGAGAAUGCGGCAGCCGCAUCCCAGCCCCAAGACUCGAAGCGAAACGCUUUCCUCUCUUUCCUCAAAUUUCGUACCCCCAAAGUCCCCGAAAACGAAACUUGGGCUCAAACCUUCCGCAAGCCUUACAAGAUGUUCGCGUAUCCUGCCGUUGUUCUUCCCUCCUUCUGGUUCGGGGUUGCAAACAUGACUGAAGUCGGCAACACAGCGGGCUUCGCCCUCAACUUCGGCCUAGAUACUCACUGGAAAUUCAAUCUAGCCCAGGUAGGCUUCUGUUACUUUUCCGGUGUUAUCGGGGCCGGGAUUGGCGAACUAUUUGGAGGGCCACUCUGCGACUUGCUCACAAAGUACACAAUGCGGCGAGGCCAGGUUUGGAAGCCGGAACGGCUACUUCAUCUCGUGUGGACAGGUUUGGUCACUGUCUCGGCUGGUUUACUCUUGUACGGACUCGAACUCGAGUUCGGAGACAGCUGGGCUUCGGCUCUGACGGGAAUCGGUUUAUUCACGUUCGGGCAGGAGAUCAUGGUUACCGUUCUCUUGACUUACAUGACAGAAUGCUAUCCGGAAGAUGCAGCAGAGGUAACUAUCGUUUUUCAGUUCUUCUUUGCCGUGCAGACUUUCCAUCCCCCGUUCUAUCUCCCCCAGUGGAUCGAAGCUCCUGCUGGACCGAAGGUCCCCUACACCGUGUUCGCGGCACUUCCUGUGGUGUUUUAUCCCUUUUGUAUCGGUAUUUUUACGUGGAAGGGUGAGCAGAUCAGGAAUAAAGGCCCGUUGUUUGCAUGGUAA